AUGCACAAGGGUUUCAGCUGGGGUAAUAGAACUCCACUAAAUCAUGAACCAGGAACCCAUAAAAGUUUGCGCCUUAAAGAUUACUACUCAAACUCGAAACGCAAGCAAUUCCACUCAGAUAUAGCUACUCAACUAGUCACUAGGUGUCAUAGAUCAUCCUGGGGAAGAUUAGCCACCAAGCAGGGAAACUGGCAUCAGGAAGGUUUGAAUCCAUACCCAUGGGGAAGUUGCCUCCAGCGUGAAUCUUCCGGCCACGAAUUUGAGGUUCGGGUCACUCGAAUGUGGAGGUUCAGUGGUGAAGCACGGUGUAGGGUGGAUGUAACGGAGAAUGAGAACCCAGUUAGAGUUCUUGUCACUGGAGCUGCUGGUGAUUUUCUUUUCCAUGCAUAA